GUCUCCACUACUCCGAUCGUGACUCCUUCCUACACCGGUCUGCCCACGUCUGACACACAUGCAUGAGCUGAUCGGCUGGAGGUGCCGAAAAUAUCUGUCUGUCUUUCGCGACUGACCAAAUUCUUCCUUCGCUCUCAAUCAUCUUACCUCACAUCCCCCAAAAGCUCAUACAAUGGCGGGAUACUACCCCGACCCAUACGACUACUACGGUCCUCCUCCACCACCUCGACGGCCCUCUCCACAUCACCACAUGCGUAGCGACUACCGCAACCCGGCUUACCUCGAUCCAGGUGCGGCGGGCUCAGGACUCUACCGCAGCAGAUCUCAUGGCCACAGUCCGGCGCCAACAAUCAAUGUCUACAAUCGCAUGAUGCAAGAGAACGACAACCGCACUCCAUCGCCUGCUCCUCCCCUCGUGGCAUAUCCGCCCGUCAUGUACCCACCCUACCCUGGAGAAGUCCGCGUCUCUCCUCGUGGAUCUCCCGAGAGUCGCGGACGUCGGCGUAGCAGUAGGCUAGGCGAGAGACUAGGCGACGAGAUGCUUGAGGAUCUCGCUGGGCUGGCUUUAGACGCUCGUCUUCGCUCUCGGUCUCGCGGACGUUCCGAUGUCGCUUGGGGUGACCGUCCGCCAGGUCUGGCAGAUUGGCAGUUGGCGCAGCGCGAAGCCGAGCUGAAGGAGAAGUCGCGAGAGCGGGCGUGGAAGGUGGAGCAGGAGCGCAUCAUGACCAAGCUGAAGCUCGAACAAUUGCAGGCUGAAGCUAAGCGCGAGAAGGAUGAAGAUGCUGCCAAAUUGCGUGAACAGCGGAUUGUGGAGGACUAUGAGCGCAAGCAGCGUGAAGCCAAGGCGAAGGAGAAGGAGGAGGAGCAGCGGAUCAAGGAUAAGAUCGAGAAGGAUAAGCGUGAAGAAAAGGAGAGGCGCGAUCGGGAGUAUCUCGAGUACAAGCAGCGAGAGAAGGACGCCAAGGACGAGGAGGAGCGAAAGUACAACGACUUCCUCCGCCUGCAAAAGGAGAAGAAGGAGAAGCAAGAACGUGAAGAGCGAGAAGAGGAAGAAAGAUUUCAAUCUGAAAUGCGAAAACGUCUCGCCAACAUGGGCUACACGCAACAAACGAUUGACAUCCUCGUCGACGAGGAGAAAGCCAAGAAAUUCAAGAAACAAGUCGAAUCGAAGCACAACACCACGACCACCGCCCUCGUCGCCGGCGAGCCUUUCCGUCCUCCUCGCGCUCCCGUCUAUCCCAAAAUCCACCGCGAAUACCUCUCCGUUGAGACGCUGCAAUACUACCAGAUCCCGUGGGAAUACGACCGCUCUAAUCCCGAGUACAUUAUCAUUCUGCGCGACAUGGAUAAGCACGGCACGGAUAUGUUGUUUGAGCAUACGUCCCGGUUGAGGAGUGGGAAAUUGUUGAUCAAAGCGGCGGAUGAGAAGAAGCCGGAGUUUGCGUGGUAUCGACGGCGGUCGAGGAGUCGGUCGUCCAAGGCGCCGAAGCAGGUGGGGAUUUUGAGGUUGUCUUGA